AUAUACGGGGCGCACAAAAGCUUGGUCCACUGUUUCGGAUCUGAAAAACAAGGGUUUAUAUCUUCUCUAUAUCUCCACACACACACUAUUCUAUAUAAUCGAUGAUUGCGAUGAUUACUAGUACGUGAUUAUAUCUCUCCUCUCUCGCUAAUAUAUUUUAUUAAUCAUUUUAAUUUACCGCUGUUGAGUCUUUCACCAUGAGGAAGAAGCUCGAUACUCGAUUCCCUGCGGCUCGUAUCAAAAAGAUUAUGCAAGCUGAUGAGGAUGUAGGAAAGAUUGCCAUGGCAGUGCCUGUAUUAGUUUCUAAAGCGUUGGAACUGUUUCUACAAGACCUUUGUGAUCGUACAUACGACAUAACUCUUCAGAAAGGAGCAAAAACUGUUAGUUCAUUGCACCUAAAACAUUGUGUGCAAAGCUACAAUGUAUUUGAUUUUCUAAAGGAAGUUGUCAGUAAGGUUCCUGAUUACACACACUCUGAAGCUGGCGGUGAUGAUGCAAAUGUGACAAAGAGAAGGAAAGUUACAUCGGAAGAAGCCAAUGAUAGUGAUGAAGAAUCAAAGAGGAACAGGAUGCAUGAAGCGAGCCAUGUGAGCAGCAGCAGCAAGGGAAGAGGCAGGGGAAGGGGAAGAGGCCGAGGUAGGGGCCGGAGUGCUCGAUCUGCAGCAGAUAAAGAGGCUUCUCAAACGGAGUUUGAUUCUGAGUCCUGCAAUAAUAACCAAAAUUUGGUGCCAGGAGCAGCAACAGGAGUUGUGGAUGAGGGCUCAGAGUUGAAGGAAUUGCCAAAAGAUAGUAUCAAUGUCGACAACGGUUCCAAUUCAGCUCCGCGGAACUUUGAUUUGAAUGCUGAUUUGGAUGAGAAUGUGGUAGAUAAAACCCCUACUGAGGCAACAGGCUGUCUGCCUUCAGCAAAGCCAGCAGUGCCUAAAAGCGAGGAUGAGUAUCCUGGGUGGUCUCUUUCUGAGGUGGAUAGGAUAGCCAUUGACCCUGCUCAUCUUGCGCAGCUGAAUUCAAGGAUGGAUGACGAUGAUGAAGAUUAUGAUGAAGAAGGUUAAAAACUCAACCAGGAAAAGCUUAGAUGAAAGGUAGUUGGAAGUUGAAACAAGUAAAGCUUGUCGAAAUUCAGUUAAUCAUUAGGGUCGUUACAGUUAAAGGCAGAAUUAAGUGCAGGAGAUGCCUAGUCUGUUCUAGGAUUAACAUGUCUUCAUGUAUCUACCAGUUAAAAAAUGAUUUUAUCUUAGUUGUAUCUCUUUAAAUGUACUGCAAGUUCUAGAAGUCUGUCCAUGGAGAUGGCACUUUGUUAACCUUAGGAAAUUCUGAAGUUAUUGGAAGGGUUAGAACCAAGAAGUAUCUGUACAGUAUCAAUAUGGUUGUUUACUUUGGCAGACGUCAUUAAUAUGUAGCCAGAUAGUCGGUAGAUUCUCUAUUUA